AUGACUAUAGAUAACUCGCUGGUAAUUAUACCGUUUGCUACAAAGAGACAAUCAGGUAGUCUUUUAGGUAACAGCAAGUUUGGUAACCAGCCGCAAGAACCACUGUCUAACAACCUUAACCAAAAUCAUAAUCACCACCAGUUGCCUUUGAAACAAAGAAGGAAAAGUAGUAUAUUAUCUUCCCAGCAUUUCCAUCGAGUAACAAACCAUUACAAUAAGUGCUUCCAAAACUAUUACCAUUCGAGGACUUUUGUAAAAUCACAUCCUCGAUAUAUCCCCAAUAUCAAAACCUCGGUAAAUCAUUGGCAGUUGAGGAAUUUGACUAAAUAUAACCAAUUGGACGACUUGCUAUAUUAUACAAGAGACGACUCGAUAUUUGCAUACGACCUGUUUGAAGAGACAACUAGGAAACUACUCAAACUUAAUUACUAUCCUAGAUGUUUCGAUAAUCACAACAAUAUGAUUGCUACUGGUGGCUUACUAACCAGUAGCUCAAAAUUAUUUCUGUUGCAUUUGGACAAUUUAACUAAUAAUAUGCCACAAGUCGGCACUGAAACAACAACUACAGCAUCCUCCACAUCUGCCUCAACUGCAACUGCUUCCUCAUCAAGAAGAGUUGUUGCAAAGGGGUUGUUUUCCUUUUAUAAUCCAGAUUUGUCCUUACUUCAUACUGUCAAAAUUGGAGAAAUGAUCAAUAAUGAUGUUUCCUUGUACCAAACUUCAAACUCACAACUAACUAGUUAUUUAUGUAAUAAUGAUGCUAAUUUAUACUGUCUUGAUAUCAACAAUAAUUGCAAUUUCAAAAUCACAAAUAAGAUUAAUUGUGAAUCAAAUACCUGUCUUAAUUCAAGUGUCAAAAAUCCAAGAUCAAACUUGAUUACGGCAGUUGGUGAUUCUACGCUGAUUUUUAUUAUUGAUUUGCAAUCACCAGACCCUAUAGUCAAGACUAUUAAUUCUGGUCACGAAGGCGGGUUUGGAUUAUCGUUUCAUUCUCAAGGCUAUAUUUUUUCAUCGGUUUUUCAAGACGGUACUUGUCAAUUAUACGACUUGAGGCACUUGUCCUCCCCGUUGAAGGAAUUUCAAUCAACUAGAUUUGGGCAUCAACUGGGUGCAUUCAGAGUUUGCAAAAUAUCGCAAGGCGGAGGCGCUACUGGAGACGAUUUAUUGAUGAUUGCCGAACAUGUUGGAAGAGUACACUUGAUUGAUUUAAGGACAUUUGAAAGACAAGUUAUUGUUGUGCCUGCUGCUUUGGACCAGUUUGCCAACUACAAUCAAGCGAGAAUGCCCAUUGAAGAAGAAGAGGAAGAAGAAAAACGCGAGAUGGAACAACAAAAUUAUCAUCAAGAGGAUGCAGUAGAGGAAAAGAAAAGAUGUAUUAAUAUUUAUUCAGAUGAUUUAUAUUCAUCCUUUACAUCACCUAUUGUUUAUGAUUAUGAUUAUUUGACCACUGUCAAUACUAAAUUGUUCAAGGAGUUCAAUUACGUUCCACCACAAACACCAAUUCCCUCUACAGUUGAUUCGCAACCAAAAUUGAAUAAUCCUCAAUGGACAAGUAGCAGUGGUAAUAAUAGUAGUAUCAAUAGUACUGGAGACCUUACAAAUGCCUACGACGAUUCAUUAUCGAUUUCACCAACUUCAAGGUUUAGCACAAGAAGAACUUCCCACCAUUCCCCAAGAGCCUCAGUUUCUUAUGACGUGGACAUUGACUCUCAACUAAAUGAAAUAUAUCGAAACUAUUCCAUAUCUUCAGCAUCUUCUACAGAUCCUAGAACAUUACCCGGAGCAUCGCCUCAGUUGGCUACUUCGACUUCGGUUUCGUCAACCCUGUCGGUAUUAAACAACACAGAGUAUUGUAAUGAUCUGUAUCAACAGCAGACAAACCACGUACAUGGGGAAAUGGAAUUGCUGGGUGUUGAGUUUAUCAAUGGUAAGAAUGGAGAAAUGAAGAUUGUAAUUGGGUGUCAAGAUGCAGGGAUGUUAAUAUGGGAUAUCAACACUUUGGUAAGACGGAGCGUAGGGGGGAGCUUUGAAUUUGUUUAG